AGACAUUAUAUUUGAGACAGUUUUAAAAUAAAAACGGACUAUGAAUACCGUCCCAUGUUUCGCAUUUCACAGUUGUAGCCCUUGAAUUUCAUGAAAUCCAUAGACAGAGAGGGGAGGAAAUUUAGAGAGAGACACCGUUCAAUUGCACACUAAUUCACAGUGUUCACACAUCAUCUUGUCUCUUCUACCAUAAUAUAUAUAGAACUUAAUGAAGUUGAUGCGAACAGUAAGCAAUAAAUAAGUUACAUCGAGAAAAUGGAGCGGCUCAGAAGAGUCUUAAGUGGAUAUGUCGUGCAAGCCACGAGAAAACAUACUGCUACUGUAUUUUGUUUUCAUGGUUCUGGUGACACAGCAGAGGGUUUUUCAGAAUGGAUUCAUAUUCUUAAUAGAGAAAUUCUACAGUUUCCACAUAUAAAAUUAAUUUAUCUUAGCGCACCUAGUCAACCCUACACACCUAACAAUGGAAUGAUGCAAAAUGUAUGGUUUGAUCGUGCAGCAAUAUCUAUUCAAGUUCCAGAACACUUAGAGUCAAUUAAUUCCAUGUGUGAAAAUGUAUUAGAAUGGGUUGACAACGAAGUAAAAGAUGGAAUUCCGUUUAGCAGAAUAAUUCUGGGUGGAUUUUCGAUGGGUGGCUGUCUUGCGUUGCAUUUAGCAUAUAGAUAUCGACCAGCUGUAGCUGGCUGUUUCACUAUGUCUUCCUUCCUGAACAAGAGUUCUAUAGUCUAUGAGCAUUUAAAAAUGAAACCAGAAUUUAGCAAAGUACCACUUGUUCAAUACCAUGGCACAGCAGAUACUUUGGUUCCUAUCGAAUGGGGUAAAGAGAGCGCUAAGAAUCUGAAGGAUCUUGGAGUAAACGUGAAAUUUAUGCCGUUGCAAAAUAUGGAGCAUGAGUUGAGUCGUGAAGAAAUCCAAAAUUGGAAGGACUGGCUCCUUCAAAUCUUGCCAGAUGAAUAAUAUUCAAAUUGUUAAAUAUUAAAAUCAUUGUUAAUAUACUAUAAUCAAGGCUAUAAAAUGGUGUAUAUUGUAUUUGU